AUGUCCCGUCAGUGGUCGCCGGGAGCGGCAAUGACCGCUCAAGCCGCUAGUAGUCCUCAAGAGCCGACGGUGCCGCGGCCCCCCCGGAGGAGCCCCAGCUACCUCUCGGGCCUCUAUCAGCACAUGCUGGGGGGCGAGGCGGCGCGGGGCGCGGAACCGAGGCGGUGCCAGCCUCUGCGGAGCAGCAACAGUGCCAGUCUUCUGAAAGGGUCGGUUGACGAAUGGACGCGGUGGAGACCUCCCCAGGCCAACGCGGCGACGACCUGCGACCCACAGCUGAGGCCUAUCAUGCGCCGCCGGGCCAGGUCUUUGCCCAGUUCCCCGGAACGGCGGAGGAACACGGCGGCCCAGUGCCGCGUCCCGGGGUGCAGCACCCGCAGGAACCGGGUCAGGUUUGCGGAUGCGCUGGGUCUGGAGCUGGCUGAAGUGAAGGUCUUCCAAGCCGGGGAGGACCCCUUGAUCCCCCUGCACGUUCUCUCCCGCCUGUCCAUCAAUUCCGACCUGUGCUGCAGCAGGCUGGACCUGGAAUUUACCAUACAGUGCCUGGUGCCCGACUUCCAGCAGCCUGCCGACUCGGAGGAUUUCCCCAGCCUCCUCCGCCAGCAGCGGGUGUGCCUGGAGCGAGUCAGCAGCUCGGAUUUGGGCCUGAAUGGAACCGUCAGGGUGGUGAACAUUGCCUUUGAGAAGCAGGUGGCCGUGCGCUACACUUUCAACCACUGGAGGGGCCAGCACGAAGUGGGUGCCCGGUGGCACAGCAGUGCCCCCGGGAAGGAUGGGCAGGACCAAGAGGAUGUUUUCACCUUCUUCCUUCCGGUACCCCCUUUCCUCCUCCAGGUUAGCUCGGUGGUUGAGUUUGCGCUCCGAUACCGAGUCAAUGGCCAGGAGUACUGGGAUAGUAACCGAGGCAAGAACUACAGCCUCACCUGUAGGAGUCAUCCCCUGAAGAUGCCCAGGGAAUGCGAGGAGAGCUGGAUCCACUUCAUCUGA